GAUUUGAAUAUGGAGAGUCAGUCAUAUCACAGAGUUAAUGUACGUUACUGAUAUAGACUCUGAUCUAAUAUCCCGUGACUGUGUGUGUUCAGAGGCGCCGACCUCAGAGCGGGCGUGCGACACUCUGCUGAUGUGCAUCGUCACCGUGUUGAACCACGGCCUGAGGAACGGAGGAGGAGUCGGAGACGUUCUCAGGAAACCAUCCAAGAACGAGCCGUUGUUUCCGGCCCGGGUGGUGUUCGACCUGCUCUUCUACUUCAUCGUCAUCAUCAUCGUCCUCAACUUGAUCUUCGGAGUGAUCAUCGACACGUUUGCCGACCUGAGGAGUGAGAAGCAGAAGAAAGAGGAGAUCCUGAAGACCACCUGCUUCAUCUGCGGUUUGGAGAGAGAUAAGUUUGACAAUAAGACGGUGUCGUUUGAAGAGCACAUCAAACUGGAGCACAACAUCUGGAACUACCUGUACUUCAUCGUGCUGGUGCGCGAGAAGAACAAGACGGACUACACCGGGCCGGAGAGCUACGUGGCUCACAUGAUCAAAAACAACAACCUGGACUGGUUCCCCCGGAUGCAGGCCAUGUCUCUGGUGGUGACGGACGGGGACGGGGAGCAGAACGAGAUGAGGAUGCUGCAGGACAAACUGGUCUCCACCAUGAAGGUGGUGCUGACCCUCACCCAGCAGCUGAUGGAGCUCAAAGAGCAG